GGGCGGUAUUUUGCCGAGCGACUUCCGCGUCUCCUUUUCUGGGUUGGGACAGCGACUCCAAGCAAAACGCUUUUUCCCACAAACUUUCUCUCAAAGUUCAGGUUUCACGGGCCUCUUCUGUACACAUCAGCAAUGUCUCAAUCUGGAGAAAAAGGCAAGUUCCCUGACGCAACUGGUUACGUGGGCUUUGCAAACCUUCCGAACCAAGUUCACCGAAAGUCUGUGAAGAAAGGAUUUGAAUUUACCCUCAUGGUCGUAGGGGAGUCUGGUUUGGGCAAAUCAACACUUAUAAACAGCUUGUUUCUCACUGAUCUCUACCCUGAACGCUACAUUCCUGGAGCUGCAGAGAAGAUCGAGAGGACGGUGCAAAUCGAGGCGUCUACUGUGGAAAUCGAAGAGAGGGGUGUGAAGCUCCGCCUCACCGUGGUGGAUACACCGGGCUACGGCGACGCCAUUAACAGCCAGGACUGCUUCAAGACCAUCAUUCAGUAUAUCGACAAUCAAUUUGAGCGCUACCUGCACGAUGAAAGCGGCCUCAACAGACGCCACAUAGUGGACAACCGGGUGCACUGCUGCUUCUACUUCAUAUCGCCAUUUGGACAUGGUUUAAAGCCUCUGGAUGUGGAGUUCAUGAAGGCCAUCCACAGCAAAGUUAAUAUUGUCCCCGUUAUUGCCAAGGCCGAUACGCUGACUCUCAAGGAGAGGGAUCGCUUGAAGAGGCGGAUCCUGGAUGAGAUCGCAGAGCACGGAAUACGAAUCUAUCAGUUACCUGAUGCUGACUCGGACGAGGAUGAGGAGUUCAAGGAGCAGACCAGAGUCCUUAAGGCCAGCAUUCCCUUUGCCGUGAUCGGUUCCAACCAGCUGAUCGAGGUAAAGGGCAAGAAGAUUCGCGGUCGUCUGUACCCGUGGGGAGUUGUGGAGGUGGAGAACCCCGAGCACAACGACUUCCUCAAACUCCGCACCAUGCUCGUGACGCACAUGCAAGACCUGCAGGAGGUGACCCAGGACCUACAUUACGAAAACUUCCGCUCAGAGAGGCUAAAGAGAGCGGGAAGAGCUGUGGAUGAAGAUGUGAUGGAUAAAGACCAGAUUCUGCUCCAGAAAGAAGCAGAGCUGAGACGCAUGCAAGAGAUGAUUGCUCAGAUGCAAGCACAGAUGAAGAUGAAAUCAGACGAGUGA